GAAUUACCUUCAAGGUCCUGGUCCUCACCUUCAAAGCCCUCCACCACCUUGCUCCCCAAUACCUCACCGAUCUCCUCUCCCCCUACCAACCUACACGGUCCCUCAGAUCCACCUCUGCCGGUCUCCCCUCCAUCCCCAAAACCAAAUUCCGCACCUUGGGAGACAGAGCAUUCUCCAGGGCUGCUCCCAGGCUCUGGAACUCCCUCCCCCAAGAGAUCCGUGAUUCAGACUCCCUCACCACCUUUCAGUCACGCCUAAAAACUGACACACGGGUCAGAUUUGUUUUCCUUCCUUAUGCUCAUUUCAUUUUCAGGAUAGAAAUGUUAGUGUGCUCCUAUGAAGUGUUCUGUGGAGCUUCAUGGGGGUUUAUGGUUACAGACAAGGGAUUUCUAAAGAAAGAUGGGCAUUUGUAAACAAAGCUAAAAAAUUGUAAUUGGUUCAGUUUGGGUUCACCACUGGGAUCCUAUGACCUCAUGCAGGGUCACCAGGAGGCCUCCAAAUCAGCUGUAAAGUCAAUCAACUGUACAAAUAAAUCCUUUGUCUCCAAUCAAAGAUAGGGUUAGUAUUAGUCAAUGUUUUCUCAUAAUUUGAUCAAAGUUUUAGUAAACAUAUAUAUAUAUAUUAUACGCACAAUGUUAGCUGGGAUAAAGCGGUAGACGAUGAAUGAAAAGACGAUGAAUAUAUAUAUAUAUACAUACAUAUAUAGAGAGGCAGUUAACAGAUGAAUCAAUAAUGACAGUUUACUCAUGCCCCUAUAGAUGCUCAACCAACCAUUGCCACGAAAUAAUUUUUCUACCUAUCUUUCCUAUAGUUGCCUGUAAGACAGAGCGCAGGGCUCAUAGAUAAAUGCUCAUGCGCCUGCGCCCUGCGGAAUAAUGAGUCGCUUCGGAAUUUAUUUUAUUUUUCUCUUCUUAAUGAUCAAAAGCCCGAGUUUGAUUCUAUUCAUAUGUUUCGCUGUUUAUGUGUAUAUCCAUUACAGGACGCGGUAAAGGAGGAAGAGAACCAUUGGGUGAAAUCAGAGAUGAGACAGGGGCUGAGAGAGGGUGGGUGUAUGAUUCAUUCUAUUAUUUUUUGUAUGUUUUUUUGUUUUGUUUAGGGAAUGAGUUCACAAACGCGUCAUGGCAUCUCUCGUCCUUGUCACCGCGGCUCUGGGUGGCGUCAGUCUGGGGUGAUGGACUGUGCUGUUCCAGGCUCGGAGCAGACAAGCGGAGCGGUUACGUUACCGAGCAGCGAUAAGACGCACGAGCCUGUUGAUAAGAGACUCGUACAAAAGCCACCGAGGGGAGAGAGGAUGUCUGGGAGCAGCUCGCCUUCAACGACCACAGGGAAGGAGUCGUCACAACAGCUGUUCCUCUGUGACGACACUCAGCAGCGACCCUGCCUGUGUCCAGCUCUGUAGACCAUUUGCACCAAUGGGUCUGUCACUGUCAGCGUGGCUGUACAGCAGGGCAGGCGACAGCCCUCCCUCCUCCUCAUCGGCUUUCCCUCCGCUGGCCGUCCACACCUCCUCUCGCCUCGCCGUCACUCUGAACUCCUCUCCGGUUUCUCCAGGAGACAGUCGCUCACACUGGAGCUCCGGCCACCGCUCCCCUCACUUUCUGCUCUCUGCCUGCAAAGAGCGAGCGACACGUUCACCCGUUGAGCUUAGCAGCGACGGCGUGAGAGCAGAGGUGGGGGUGAAAGGUGGGCUCCACGUCUGGGAGGUGCUGUGGAACCCUGACCACAGAGGGAGUCACGCCGUCAUGGGCAUUUCCAGGCAGGACUGUCCUCUGCAGGCUGCAGGGUACAACGUGCUGGUGGGAGGAGACGCACAGUCCUGGGGCUGGGAACUCCAAACCAAUCAGCUCUGGCAUGGUGGCAAUAGUGUGGGACUUUACCCAGGAAAGAUGAGGAGGUGCCACUCUGAGGCCGCAGAGGAUUUCAAGCCACAGACUUACACUUCAGACACAAAAGUGUCACAGGCACCUCUCCCCAUCCCUGAACGUGUCCUGCUGGUGCUGGAUGCUGACGCAGGGACACUGGGAUUCGUUGUGGAUGGCAGCUUUCUUGGCGUGGCUUUCAAAGACCUUCCUCGCGGGGUGGAGCUGUUCCCAGCGGUGAGCAGUGUGAGAGGGGGAGCCAGCAUACGACUACGCUACCUGAACGGUGCCACACGUGACCCCCCAGCCCUGAUGGCUUUAUGUGGACUGUCAAUUCGUCAGUUUUUAGGGCAGCAGAGGCUGAAUCAAACUGACAAAUUGCCUCUUCCCCCUCUUCUCCAGAACUACCUGCUUUCUAGUCAUUAAUUGGCGCACACAUUCAAACAAUAGGAAUGCUUUUGUCAGUUAUUGCAAAGAGUACUACGAACUAACAGUACAUUUACUUUUGUAUCAAAAGGUGUAAAUAUGUAUGAUGUUAUGUCCAGAAAAGUGUCUUUAUUAUUCAUCUUAUUUAUUGCAAAUGUGAUUUAUACUCCACUGAUAAUAUUUUAAAACGCACCUGUAAACUGUAUUUAGUUAAAAAAUAUCAAAGUGAUCUGGGAGGAAAUUCUUGGAUUUUGUGAUAACUGUAAAUUGUGAAUGUUUCUUUUUUUAAUGAUUAAAGCAAAUCACUCCUU